GAUCGGUGUUUAGAAAUUCACAGCUCCAAUGGCUGCAAAGCAAACAAUGUUGACAGACGAGGGAACAGAGGGCGGAGAGGAGGAAUUUGAAGAUGCAAAGGAAGUAUUACCCAUGCCAGAGGACUGGACGCUUUCCUCCAUGAUAGAUCAGACCAGACUGGCCCUGCACCUGUUUUUGAACAACAGAUUCUCUGAGGCCAAAAAUCGCAUGGAACCAUAUGCUGACAGAAGUAUGUACCAUGCUCUUGGACAUAGCACCAUUCUGUAUAUACAAGCUGUCAUGACAUUUGACAUGCAAGAUAUAGAGCAAGCCAUUCAAGCAUUGAAGAAAGCUAUUGCUGUCUGUGAUGGUUUUAGACACAAGUUCUCCAUGCUGGAAAGUCUCUCCAAGGCCAGAUCUCGAGCCGUUUACAAUGACCUCACUGAAGUGGAGAUUCAUGCUGAGCUGUGCUAUGCUGAAUGUCUGCUCCUGCGUGCAUUGCUGUCAUUUGUUCAAGAUGAAAAUCUAUUAAGUUUUGUCAAAGGUGGACUGAAAAUCAGGGAGUGCUACAAGAUUUAUAAAGAAUGCAAUAAAAUGAUGGAAAGACCCAAAUUCACUGAGGAGAAACAGAAGUCUCAUUUUGAAACUGGUGUGAAGAUGGGUGUUGGCACAUUUAAUCUUAUGAUCUCAUUAUUACCAAGUAAGAUUCUAAAGCUCUUGGAAUUUGUUGGAUUCUCUGGAAACAAGGUAUAUGGGUUGAAAUGUCUAUCAGAAGGCAGCUAUGAUCUCAGUAGUCUACGAGGCCCACUGUGUUCAAUUAUCAUGAUGGCAUAUCACACCGUCGUCUGCUACAUCCUAGGACUGGCAGAUGGUGACAUUAGUUAUGCGGCAGAAUUGCUGAAACCCUGUCUAGAAAAGUACCCCAAGGGUGCCCUGUUUCUGUUUUUUGAUGGGAGGAUUGAGGAAGUUCGAGGUAACAUUGACAAGGCUAUUGUGAAAUUUGAGGAAUCAAUUGAAUGCCAGCAGGAAUGGAGACAAUUCCACCAUUUGGCUUACUGGGAGCUUAUGUGGUGUCACUGCUUCAAGGGAGAUUGGCUGAUGGCCAUGAAAUAUGCCGAAAAAUUGUGUAAAGAGAGCCGGUGGAGCAAAGCUACAUAUACAUACCAGAAAGCAGCAUUCCUAAUGAUGUGUGAAGACCAGACAGAUGAAACUAGGGCCCAUAUACAACUUCUGUUCAAAGAUGUACCAAAAUUAAAACAGAGAAUUGCUGGUAAAUCUAUACCAAUAGAGAAAUUUUCUGUCCACAAAGUCAAAAGAUUCCUUGAACACAAUACUGAUAUUGUUCUACCUGCACUGGAACUUGUGUAUGUGUGGAAUGGAUUCAGUAUAUUAGGAAAACGAGAAGAACUAGUCGAUCCAGUCUUAACUAUUGUAGAGAGUACAAUAAAUACCAUCCUUAAAGGCUCUGAGGCAAAUCCAUUUUAUCAUGACAACUAUGCCUUGGUCAUUCUUCUGAAGGGAGCAUGUCUGAAGUGUAAAGGGCAGUACAUGCAGGCUGAGCAGUGCUUCAAGGAAGUCUUGGAAAGGGAGAAGCUGAUUAAACAUGACACGUACCUGGUGCCCUACACUACAGUGGAACUGGCUCUGCUUUACCUGAAACUGAAUGAUAAGCAACAGGCUUUGCAUUAUCUUGACCAGGCUAAGAAAAAUUACAAAGGAUAUUUACUGGAAUCCAGACUACAUUUUAGAAUCCAUGCUGUCAGACUACAGCUAAAUAGUUCCCAAAAUGGCAAAUGUGUGUCAGUAGAACAAGACUUGGACUCUGAUGCACGCCUGGAUGAAGAUUCAACUCCUGUUGGUAUCCUGGAUGAAGACAGUUCUUCAAUAACCACAAAGAUGUAAUUGGAAUAGUGUACCUAGUUAACUAAGGCAGUACAUUUAUCAAUAUUUUUGUUAGUACACUUACUGAUUGCUAACUACCAGGGGUAGUUAAAAUCACCAAGGGUCCAGUGACAGUUUGAGUAACUCGUGUUACAGUGUUCGUGGAAUUUUGUCAUAAGAGCUGUUGGAUGAAAAUCAUUUCCAAAAUCUAUAUUUAGAAUCUGUGAUAGCACAUAUUGUCCUCCUAAGCACAUUCCCUGUUCAUGUAGCUGUGAUUUUUACCCAUUCCUCAUGUUCUGAGAGCUAGAGGAACUUGUUCUGAUCAAUGUCUGUGUCUUUCAGAACUCCCAUUACUACGUAUAGACAUCACUAACAGCUGGUGUCGUCUAUAUAAGUAAGGGACAUAAAACCACAAGCAUACAUGUAUGUGUAUUUGGGACCAAUUCUAACAUAUACAAUGGUACAUAUAUAGAAGAAUGUUCCAAACUCCAGUUGUCCCAGUAUACUAUUUUCUACAUAAAGAACUCGAAGGGUAGUAGUUUUAAAAGAAAUGCUUGCGUUCAUAUUGAUCAAGCUUAAGAUACUCAGUAUAUAAAUAAACAUCUAGUCAUUAUACAUAAUACUUUAUUUUAAAGUGUAUCUUUUCCUCUUUGAGAACAGGGCUAUGAUUAUGUUAUGAUGAGUGAGCAAUGUGUGAAUUUUAUGCAUAAUUUUAUUUAUUUGAGCUAAUCCUUUGCAGAUUGUUAUUGUUAUAGGAUUAUUAAGUAAUUGAUUCUUUGUAGUGCAUUGUUCAUCAUUUUCUAUGUCUUCAGAUUUUCAAGUAUUUUAUGAUAUAUUCUGUAACUAAAUUACCUACCCAUGACAUAUAUUUUCCACUUUAUACUGUCAUAUUUUAAUAUUUAACUUACCCAUGGAUUUUAAUUUAUACAGAGAAAUUUGUUCUGACCUUUGCAUUUUAAAAGGAAACUCAUUUCUAAUGAUGCUGCAUACUGGAGUUUUGUAACUGGUAUGACUUUAAAGCUUGAUACAUUUAGUUUACUUCCAAAGCAUUACAUCUUAUAUUUAUGCAUUUUAAAAGUGGCAUGUAAUAUAAAGUGCAUUUGUUAUUUUGGAUACCAAAUCAGUUUUUAUGAAAGACAUAUUCAUUUAAAUUGAUUUUUAAUUGAUCUUAACAGUGAACUGCUCUGAUGGUCAGCUCAUCCCUAUCCUGUGUAUUUUAAAACAGAUGUUGUAAAUGAGCUUAUUGAUGGUUGAAGUUCUGACUCAGAAAGAGAUUUACUUUUUUCUUGUUCAACAAAACUGCAGUUUCCUCAUAUUAAAUGUUAAUUAUUGGAAAAUAUUGUAUUCUCACUACUUUUAGUGAUUUAUAGUGUCUUUGUUUUUAGUAUAUGACAAUUGUUAACCCAGAGAUCACCAGAGCUGUAGAAGGCAAUUUGUUAUACACAUACUUUGCAUAAACAUGUUUACCAUCAAGCUGGUGUUCUGUUUUUGCUGUAACCUUCACUAAUUAAUCAAAACUCUAUUAAAGACUUUUAAAUUUGUAA